UCUAUAGGAAAAUUGUAGAUUUUCGAUCGAGGCAAAAUGAGCGCGAAAAUAUAUUUAUAAUACAAAAGUUAAUUCAAUUUGUUGUAUUUUAAAUUUAUGUUUAUUUUUAAAUAGUUAAGAAAGUAGAAAAAAUUACUAUUCAUCGAUUUAUUUUUACAAUGGAUUAUCGAGUAAAUUUAUUGAAAAAUGUUCAUGAAAAAUUACCAUUACCUGAGCCAACAGGUGAUACAUUUUUAAUAAGAGGUGAUUAUGAAUAUUGGCAUUACGGAUGUGAUGGUUUUAACGAUAAGGGCUGGGGAUGUGGGUAUAGGACAUUACAAACAAUAUGUUCGUGGAUGAAGAAAAAUAUAAAUUCAAAUCAAUCUGUUCCUAGUUUAAGAAAAAUUCAAGAAAUACUCGUCAAUCUCGAAGAUAAAGAAUCAACGUUCAUUGAUUCGAAAGAUUGGAUAGGAAGUAUCGAAGUUUGCUUGGUAUUGGAUGAACUUUAUAAAAUUGUCAGUAAAAUAAUUCAUAUACAAUCUGGUAAAGAAUUAAUUAAUUAUGUUAAUUUACUGAAGGAUCAUUUCGAGCAAAAAGGAUGUCCAAUAAUGAUGGGUGGUGAUCGUGAUUGUUCUAGUAAAGGAAUUGUAGGCAUACAUUUUGGAGAGAAAGAAAUUUAUUUACUUGUUGUCGAUCCACAUUUUUUAGGGAGAGCAAAAUCAAUUGAUCAAUUACAAAAUGAUCAUUGGAUAAAGUGGCAGAAUUUAAAGGAAUUUAUUGACAGUUCAUUUUAUAAUUUAUGCCUACCACAAGUUACAAUUUAAAAUUGAAAUAGAAAAUAAAAUUUAUUUUUCAA